GAGGAGUUGCGCCGUAACUUGCAGGCGCGAGGCAAGAAUUAUGAUAUUAGCGGUGGUGGUGGAGGGGUGGGGAAAGCGGUAGGGGCGGCACAGGCGAGUAGGGCGUGGGGGUAUGAAGAGAGGCAGCGGAGGGAUGAGGCGGCGGGGAUACUGGAGAGUGAGGAGAUGGUUAUGUGGAUUGCGGGGGUGAGGAAUGAGAGCAUAACGCAGACGCGGGCGUAUUAUCGUAAUGUACUACUUGGGCUUGAGUCGUGUGCGAAGGAGAGUAUUGUCUGGCGGGAUGAGUGGGAGGGGUCGCAGCAGCAACAGGGUCGCGAUGGGGAGGCGCUGGGGAGUCCCGGGAGGAGUGGAAAGGGCAAGGAGAGGGAGAUUGCGAAGAUGAAGAAGAGGGUGAGUUCGGGGGUGGGACAG